AUGUCGAAGCAGAAGGUCUGCGCCCACGCCGCGCUGCGGUCCACGGGCGGCGCGAAGCGCUCCAGCGCCACGAAGACGGCGGCGCUCGCGUUGGCAGCCAGCACCUCGGCCACCAGGGAGGCGUUGUUCGCGUCCAGCACGGCCAGCAGGUCUCCUCGCAGCUCGCUGCCAAGCGGCGCUUGCGCCGGCAGCGGCGGCGGAGGCAGCAGCAGCAGCAACAGUAGAAGCGGCGGCGGGUCCAUGCGGAGCCUUCGUGAAACGUCGUGGAUCUUCGUGUUGCGUCGGCGACGGUCCGCGGCGUCCUCCGGCCAGCGUCGCGCGGUGCGGCCUCAGCUGGUCGACGAACAGUGGCUUCUAGUUCUUUCUCCCGACGCUGAAUUUCCUGAUCUUGCACUGCGAUCUCCUGACUUCUCUCCACCACAAGAAUUUGCAUCUGUUCUUCUUUGAUUCGCUGCUUUGUUUUAGCAGCCUGGAGGUCAAAGGCCAACUCAGCUUCAGCUUUCUG